AUGUCUAGCCCAGCUCCCACCAGCCCGCUCGCCGUCGAAGAGCCUAAAGCAGCUAUGCAGCCAGACUCGCCGAAAGAAGUUCAGGAUGUUGAAAUGACAGAUGCCACGGAAGCAGAGGCCAAUACCAAUAGCGAGAGACCAAAUGACGCUUCCGGUGUCAACGAAAGCAAGGCCGAUACGCUCGAUGUCAAGCUAAAUACAACGACAAAGGCCCCGCCAAUCAAAUUGGAGGAAUUGUUCGACGGGUUCGAUUCGGACGACGAUGAAUUCCCUACGUCAAGCCAGCCAGAUGAACAGCGCCAAUCUUCCCCGGACUCGGGCCCAGUCAUCAGUACCGAGCUUCUACGAACUUUUUACCAACGGUUCUUCCCCUGGAGGUAUAUGUUUCAGUGGCUGAACCAUAGUCCAACUCCCACAAACGACUUCAAGCAUCGCGAGUUCUCUUUGUGGUUACCCAAUGAAGCUGUGCUUCGUUACCAGUCAUACACGAGCGCAGACGAGUUCCGUGCGGAAGUUCUGCGUGUGAUGCCCGCCCGUAUCGAAAUUGGCCCCGUCUACACGGCCAACCCGAAGGAUCGCAAAUUAUUCCGCAACUCAACAGUGUUCCGGCCUCUCGCAAAGGAGCUAUGCUUCGAUAUCGACUUGACAGACUAUGACGACAUCAGAACAUGCUGUGACAAAGCCAAAAUUUGCAUUAAGUGCUGGCAGUUUAUCACCAUGGCCAUCAAGGUCCUGGAUACCGCGCUGAGGGAUGACUUUGGUUUCAAGCACAUCCUCUGGGUUUACUCCGGUCGUCGUGGUGCCCACGCAUGGGUUUGCGACAAGCAAGCGAGGAUCCUCAACGAUGAACAGCGGAAAGCGAUCACGGGCUACUUCGAGGUCUUGACGGGUGGUCAACAAAGUGGGAAGAGGGUUAAUCUCCGUCGUCCGCUGCAUCCCCAUCUCUCUCGAAGCUUAGACAUCCUCAAAGACCACUUCCAACACGACGUCCUCGAAAAACAAGACCCCUGGUCUGACUCCGACAAAGCCUCCGUUCUUCUCAACCAGAUCCCCGACCCCAGCCUGCGCGAAGCGCUCCGUAGAAAAUGGGAUUCUUCCCCCGGACGCCCAUCCGCUCUGAAAUGGGCCGACAUCGACGCCCUUGCCCAAUCCAGUGCCAGCUCCUCGCUCGACGCUAAGGACCUACUCGACGCAAAACAGGACAUUGUCCUCGAACACACAUACCCCCGUCUGGACGUCGGCGUCACCCAGAAGCUAAACCACUUGCUCAAGAGCCCGUUCGUGGUGCACCCGGGCACAGGGAGGAUCUGCGUGCCCAUCGAUACGCGCACGCAAGCCGCGUUCGAGGCGUUUGAUCCGCUGGCGGUUCCGACGCUGCCGCAGAUCGUGAGGGAGGUAGAUGCGUGGGAGAAGCAGCAGGCUACUGCAGCGAAUGGGGAUGGGGAGGGGAGGCGUUUGCAGGAUUGGGAGAAGACGAGUUUGAAGCCAUAUAUUGAGUAUUUUAGGUGGUUUGUGCUGGGGUUGAUGAAGGAUGAGAGGGAAAGCGGGAUCAAGAGGGAGAGGGAAGAUGAUGAUGAGGAUAGGAUGAUCAAGGCUGAGGAUUUAGAAUUCUAG